GCUGGGCACGAGACCAGCAACCACUUCAAUCUCUCUCCCCUUCUCCUUCUUCUGCUACCUGUCCCACUCUACCCCAUCAUAUCUUCCUGCUCGCUUCCAGAGUAUCAAUUGCCGGCCAAUUUGUACUCGUGUCCCUUACGGCGUGAACUUGCGAAUCCGUGCAGCUAAUAGAUUAGGAGAGAUUCUUCAAGACCCCCUCCCCCGGGCUUGGCUGAUUGAAUAUUAAUACUAGCAGCAUUGUGGUCAACUGCUCGCAUACGCCCCCUGACUUUCCUUUACACUUUUUUACUGCUCCUUAACCCCUUCGCUCCUUUUUCCUACCGCCAUGACCAUGUGCCAACAGAACGGGUCUGCCCUGCGCUAUAUCCCGCUGUCCUAUAACCAUGCCGAUUCGCAUGCAUCUGCGCUUCAGCUGAUCUUGACCCUCAAUCCUGAUUGGGAGGGCCCCGAUAACAAGAUUGAAUUCGUGCGCUUCACGGAUGGCAUAACCAAUACUCUUCUUAAGAUUAUCAACCGCAAACCCGGUUUGACCGAGGAGCAGAUAGACCACGAUGCAGUACUCAUGAGAGCGUACGGUAACCACACAGAGAUCCUUAUAGACCGCGAAAGAGAAACGAGCUCUCACGCUCUCCUCGCUAGCUAUGGCCUUGCCCCUCCGCUGCUGGCUCGGUUCAAGAAUGGCCUAUUGUAUCGAUUCCUCCGAGGUCGGCCGGCCACCCACGAGGAUUUGGCGGCGCCUCCAGUAUGGCGUGGGGUUGCCCGACGACUGGCGCAGUGGCAUGCUGUCCUGCCCGUUUGUGGCACCCCUGCUACGUCACAGGACUCCGAUGAUGUACCCCUCAAGCAACAAGUAGACGUCGAUUUGGAAGAUCACCAGCAACCGUUCAAGGCAGAAGAUAAUCUGUCCGUGGUGAAGACCAAGCAGCCCGGACCUAACAUCUGGACUGUUACCCAGAAAUGGAUCCUUGCGCUUCCCACGGCGACGGAGGAGCAGCGUCAGCGCAGAUUGAGUCUGCAGAAGGAGCUUGAACGGGUUGUGCGUGAGCUCGAUGAUGGAAAGGGACUUGGUGAAGGCGGCCUGGUCUUUUCCCACUGCGAUCUCCUAUGUGCCAACGUCAUUGUCCUUCCCUCAGAGCAGAACCAAACCGGACGCGCUAUCACAACCGCCGAAGAUCAAGAACCUGCGACGGUCAACUUCAUCGAUUACGAAUACGCGACUCCAUCUCCGGCUGCUUUCGACAUAGCCAACCACUUUGCCGAAUGGGGCGGCUAUGACUGUGACUACAACAUGAUGCCGACGCGCUCGAUUCGACGCCAGUUUUUGACAGAAUACGUAAAGAGCUACAGCCAGCACAAGGGAAUCCCGGAGGCUUCUCAGCCAGAGAUUGUUGCACGGCUUUACGAGGAUGUGGAUCGAUUCCGUGGAAUACCUGGUCUAUACUGGGGAAUCUGGUCUCUCAUCCAAGCCCAAAUCUCCCAGAUUGACUUUGACUACGCAUCUUACGCCGAGCUCCGCCUUGGAGAAUACUACGCCUGGCGUCGCGAGACGGACGGGUCUCGAGUCCAAGCUGAAGAGGAGAUGCCCCUCCGUGAACGUCGCUGGGCUCAAGAGGCUUAAUUUGGAUUUUACGCGCAACAGAACACUGGGCAUACAAUUCCUGCCAACCCCUUUUUAAUACAUUUUACUCACUCGGCUUCUAAUAUAGAAACAGCAGCUGAUAUUCGAGCCACUGCUUUUUUUCGUUGUACAUACAUCAAAGCAUUUCAACAGUUCCGAUCGCUAGCGAUGAUUUAUCUCUGCGCGUUCAAACCUGUUUCCGACUGUCCCACCCAUCUGAUUUGUCAUGUCAUGAG